AAAGAAAAAACAAACAAAAAAAAUCAGUCUAUGGUUGGUAAGCCGGUUGAAAGAGCGGGUAAAAUCUUAAUUUCAUCGUUUUUUCAGUGAUUUAUUUCCUUUAUCAAGUAGAAUUAUCAUAUAAAAUACAUUCUAAAAUCCCAUGAGUAAGUCAAAGGUAUCAGCAGAAUGGAAGAAGCGCGUAAAAUCCGAAUACAUGAGACUCCGCCAAGUGAAGCGUUUCAAACGAGCCGACGAAGUGAAGGUGGCAUGGGCUCGCAAUUUACGGUUGAUGUCGGAGGCGGUAGAGAAUCGUGAUACUGAAAGUGCUGCAAGAGGUCGAAGACCUUUCUGGCCGCCCCCAGCUGCUAACUGCAACCAUGAGAGCCUUAUGAAGCGAGCUGAAGUCUCCUAUACUGACUCAUCUGGUGUAGUAACAACCCAGCAAAUACCCAUCCGUAUCAUCAACUCAGUCAACCCAAUCCCCACGAUGUACACGUGGGCCCCGACUCAGAAGAACUUCAUGGUUGAGGAUGAGACGGUACUGCACAAUAUCCCGUACAUGGGCGACGAAGUGCUGGACCAGGACGGUACAUUCAUCGAGGAGCUCAUAAAGAACUACGACGGGAAAGUGCAUGGUGACAAGGAAGGCGGCUUCAUAGACGACCAGCUGUUUGUGGACCUAGUGCACGCGCUCAUGGCGCACCAGACUAAGGAUGAAGUGGCCGAGGAGCGCCGGGAUCGGGAAGCGCGCCUCUCUAAAGACGAAAGGGAGAAAGAAGCACAUAAAGACGCAAAGGACAAAGAGAGCAAAGAAAAAGAAAGUAAAGAAGAAAACAAAGAUGGCGACAAGAAGUUGAUCCACGAGAAACAGUUUCCAAUCUUCACCAUAUUCCAGGCCAUCAGCACUCAGUUCCCAGACAAAGGGACUGCCCAGGAACUAAGAGAAAAAUACGUGGAGCUAACGUCCCGGCGCGACCCGGACGCAUUACCGCCAGAAUGCACGCCCAACUUGGACGGGCCGCUGGCCGAGUCGGUGCCGCGCGAGCAGACCAUGCACUCCUUCCACACGCUGUUCUGCCGCCGCUGCUUCAAGUACGACUGCUUCCUGCACCAGUCGGCAGGGCUGCAGGCGUGCCACCCGGGGCCCAACCUCACCAAGCGCAAGGGGCCCGACCUCAAGCCCUUCAGCGAUCCCUGCGGCACCAGCUGCUAUAUGCUACUGGAGGGCAUGCGUGAGAAGCUAGCGCGUGAGAAGGCAGCAGGCGAAGAAGACAAAAGCAAGUCGCACGCCAUGGACUCGCCCAACGACGCAUCCUCCGAAGACUCUAACGACUCCAACCGCUUCCAGAAAGUGACGCGUGGUGUUGCAGGCAGCAACAGCAAUUCAAGUAACAGCAACUGGAGCUCCAACGGCCUCAACAAACAGCCGCCAGACGCGCUGCAGGAGCCGGCUUACAACGCUUUAGGGCUGACGGUAGGCGACAUCGAGUCAGAGUGGACGGGCUCGGACCAGUCGCUGUUUAGGGCUCUGCACAAGGUGUUCCCCUCCAACUACUGCGCCAUCGCGCAGGUCAUGCUCUCCAAGACUUGUCAGCAGGUGUACACGUACUGGAUCAACACGGGCCAAGAGGAGUGCCGCGUGGAAGCAGAACUGACUCCGCCCCGCAAGAAGAAGAAGAAACAUCGCCUGUGGUCCGUGCACUGCCGCAAGAUACAGCUCAAGAAGGACUCCGCCUCGCACCACGUGUACAACUACACGCCGUGCGACCACCCCAACCAGCCGUGCGACAGCAUGUGCCCGUGCCUCCAGUCGCAGAACUUCUGCGAGAAGUUCUGCCAGUGCAGCAGCGACUGCCAGAACCGCUUCCCCGGCUGCCGCUGCAAGGCGCAGUGCAACACGAAGCAGUGCCCGUGCUACCUCGGCGUGCGCGAGUGCGACCCCGACCUGUGCUCGGCCUGCGGCGCCGACGCGCCCGCGCACGCGCCCGUCUACUGCCGCAACGUGUCUGUGCAGCGGUCAGUAUGGGCACUGUGCGCUCGCCGGGCUCGUGUGCGUGCACUGUGUGCGAGCGCAGUGCGACCCCGACCUGUGCUCGGCCUGCGGCGCCGACGCGCCCGCGCACGCGCCCGUCUACUGCCGCAACGUGUCUGUGCAGCGGUCAGUAUGGGCACUGUGCGCUCGCCGGGCUCGUGUGCGUGCACUGUGUGCGAGCGCAGUGCGACCCCGACCUGUGCUCGGCCUGCGGCGCCGACGCGCCCGCGCACGCGCCCGUCUACUGCCGCAACGUGUCUGUGCAGCGGUCAGUAUGGGCACUGUGCGCUCGCCGGGCUCGUGUGCGUGCACUGUGUGCGAGCGCAGUGCGACCCCGACCUGUGCUCGGCCUGCGGCGCCGACGCGCCCGCGCACGCGCCCGUCUACUGCCGCAACGUGUCUGUGCAGCGGGGUCUCCACAAGCACUUGCUUCUAGCACCAAGCGACGUGGCCGGUUGGGGCAUCUUCCUGAAGGAAGCGGCGCACAAGAACGAGUUCAUCUCUGAGUACUGCGGCGAGAUCAUCUCGCAGGACGAGGCCGACCGCCGCGGGAAGGUCUACGACAAGUACAUGUGCUCGUUCCUGUUCAACCUCAACAACGACUUCGUGGUUGACGCGACGCGCAAAGGCAACAAGAUCCGGUUCGCGAACCACUCCAUCAACCCGAACUGCUACGCCAAGGUCAUGAUGGUCAACGGCGACCACCGCAUCGGCAUCUUCGCCAAGCGCGCCAUACAGCCCGGCGAGGAGCUGUUCUUCGAUUACAGAUAUGGGCCAACCGAGCAACUGAAGUUCGUGGGUAUAGAGCGCGAAAUGGAAUUCUUAUGAGAGCAACCCAAGCAGUGAUCGGUGCCGAUUCGCACGCCACUGCCGCCGUACAUGUGGUACUAAUUGGACUG